GACGCAUUAAGUGGUUUAUUUUUUUGACUUUUGUAACUCACAUGUAAAAGUGGCAUGGGUGAAAAACUAAACUGUUGAAGAGAAUCAAUCAUUUCUUUGCUGUGCGAUUGGGGCAACACAUCAUAAUCAUGAGCUAUAACAACCGCUUCCUACUACUCGGCCCCGAAAUCCUCCUCCAGAUUGGCCUCCAACUUUCACAAAGGGAUCUUGCGCGAUGUCUACGUGUCGACAAAAUAUCACACGCCAUCCUCUCGCCGAUACUCUAUCGCAGGAUAGUCGUUACACGUACAGCGCUACCACGUCUUGCAACGUAUCCGUCUGAUCCUGUAGUUCUCGAGCGAUACAAGGAUUAUAUCCAGGAAAUUGAAUUCAACUCUGUAUUCCCUUAUGAAAUUCUCGUCCUCAGAGGAUGCCGAAGGCUACGCACUAUUGAGGCCAAUUUUAGCUUCCUGGAUGGGAAUUGGGCUGUCCAUGGAUUGAUAGCCUUCUUAACGGCUCAUGCACCAACUAUUCAAUGCGUAACGCUCAUUGCUCCUUCAGGGAAUGAUUUGUUAAAAGGCUCUUCGCUCUGGAACGCGCUAUCAAGCUGUGCUCAUUUGACGAUUCUGGAGUUACAGCGAUUUUCAAUACCAUCAUUUAGGGACGAGCCUCGAUCCGAACAUAUGAAGGCCCUUGCUAGACCUUAUUCACUGAAAUUGACAGAUAUGGUUCUUCAAAAUCCAAAAGAACAACUCAUUCCGGACCAGAUGCCGUUCACGGGGGCACGUGAACUUGAUUUAACAGUCAAUGUUGGGCAGAAAAACAUCAAAACAAAAGAGCAGUUAGAUGCAGUAACUCGCGAUUCUUGCAUAGCCCUUUGCCCUGUCGACCAGGCGGCUUUAAUUCGAAAUUGUCCUAAUCUUGAGGCGCUUCGCUGGAGUUACGAUCUUGCUAUGACUAUAGACAAAAGUUAUGCUGUAAGUCAAUUUUUCCAUGCCCUUUGUUUACAGCCUUUCCCUUUGGAUCGACUAGAAUCUCUGGACUUUUCUCAUAUCCGAAUGCGUGAUACACACAUGGCGCGGCUUUUAAGGCGGAUGACGCGAUUGAGGAGUCUAAAAUUGAGUGGCACUGGGGUUGCGAGACAAACACUUUUGGAGCUUAUGAGGAGCCGUAACGUCCAUUCACGGAGAGAGUGCGAUGAUGAUAGCAACUACUUCAACUACCAUAAUACCUAUAUCCAGCUACAGCAACAAUCAUACGUAGAAUUUGGUGACGCAUUCGAACGCGAAGCAUCAAUCGACUAUAGCAAUGAACCUUUCUAUUCCGAUAUUAGUCGUGAGCCUUUUUCCGAUACCACAAAUGAAUUUAGUGCUGAGAUCAAUCGAGGCGCUGAACAUACUUCCGAACGAAGACCUGAACCUGAACCUGGACCUGAGCCUGGACCUGAGCUCGUACUCAAACCCAAACUCGAGCCUGAGCCUGCGCCUCAAUCCGAGCUUGGCAUUAGUUCUGAGUUUGGCAUCAAUUCUGAUCUUGGCUUCAGUUAUGAGCUUGGCAUCAAUUCUGAGUUUGGCGCCAGUUCCGAACUGGGAAAUGAACAGAUGAGUUUGGAAACCAGCCACGAACCUACUCUGGGAACCAAAUGUGAGCCUACCUCAAAAAGCAAUUCAUCUAAUCAGCAAGACGAGCCCAGUGUACAAAAUCAACACCAUGAUCCUAACCCACAAAAGCAGCAACAUGACCCCAGUCUCCAAGGACAACGUAAUCUCAACUCGCGUGAUAAACAUGGGUCUAGCCUGCAAGACCAAUAUGAAUUCAACCCUCAGGUUAAACAUGAACUCAGCCCUGAAACCAAACAUGAGGUUACUCCAAAGGUUAAAGAUGGGCAAGGUCCAGAAACCGAGCAUGCAAAUUCAGAAGGCAGAUGCGAGCUUACUUCAAAACUCAACAUCCAAAAUCAGGGUCAGAAUCAGAAUCAGGAUCAGAAUCAGGACCAAGACCAGAAUCAGGACCAAGACCAGAAUCAGGACCAAGACCAGAAUCAGGACCAAGAUCAGAUUCAGGACCAAGAUCAGAAUCAAGAUCAGAAUCAAGAUCAGAACCAAGAUCAGAAUCAGGACCAAGACCAUAAUCAGGUCCAUGAUCAGAGCCAAGACCAGAGUCAGGCCCAGGCUCAGGACCAGGAUCAACCAUUCCAACAGCAUAUUCAGCAGUGGACUCAACACUGGCUGCCAGAGUCAUUAGUAGUACCAAUCAUAGCACCGCCUCCUAGACGGUUUAGUGAUUCCCUCGAAAUCUUGAUGCUUGAUGGGUGUUCGAAUGUGACGAGUGGAGCGAUCCGAACGAUUCUGACCAAUUACCCAAGUCUGACAACGUUUUGGGCAGGCAAGAUCAAGCUUGAAGAUUAUUUACAAAAUCAAAGGAGGUGGGCUUGUGUAAGAUUAAGAGAUCUGCGAUUGCACAUUCAACCAAAUCCAUUUGAAGAAAACCACCACGACAGUGGGAUCGCAGAAGGCAGCAGUAAUAAUAGCGAUAGCCAGCAUGAUGAUAUCAGCCAAAGUGGUAGCGGCAAUGGCGCUAGUGUUGGUCCAGAGACGCGUAUUGAAGAACAACUUUCUGUCAUUCGGUCCCAGUUAUGGAUGGUUCCUGAACUCAAGAUUUUUGAGGUUUGUGGAAGACGAGUGGCUCCUCAGUCUCCAAUUAUGUAUAAUCAGAUGCCAGUCUCUGCACUUAACGCAUGUAUUUGUUCUGCAUCAGACAACAACCCUACUCAUUAAGAGUAUUUUUUUUUUCCUCCUGCAGGGACACUCACAACUUUUCCAUCACUGUGUUGCACCAGUUCGAUAUUCCAGACGUCCAGACUAGGCACCCUGUUGCUUAAGAGACUGAAGUCACUGUUCAUACCUCCAAUUCUUCAAUAGUAAUGAGAAAAGGUGCUUUAUUAGGAAGUGGACGAGGUGUUUUAUGCUUACUUGAAAAAGUUGAGCAACUGUGUAUUCGUCAAAACGGAAUAUCAACGGCUGAUCUAACAUGAAUUGUAUACUAUAAACAAUGGCUUUUUUUAAUACUACGCAGUGUCACCCAACGAGAAAAUCUCUUUUUCAUUCGCGCUUUUUUUUUUUU